AUGGCUAAUAUCAUGAGAUGGGCCACAAAGGCGCUUCGAAAGUCUCACUCCCCUCCCAUUAUUUUCCCCACCAGCUGCCUCCAAACCGUGCGUCCCUCAGAGGUGCUUGAAGAGGAACGAUACCAGAUCAUUGGCAAACUUGGUUUUGGGACUACUUCGACCGUAUGGCUCGCCCGUGAUCUUGAAGGUCAUCGAUAUGUGACACUCAAAAUCUACACUCGUAACGAAGAUAACCAGGAAGAGUUUCAGGUCUAUAAGCAACUAAACCAAGGGAGUUCAUGGCACCCCGGCCAUGCUCAUAUAAGGAAAGCACUGGAUAUCUUCACAAUUUCCUCUUCGGGUGGUGACCAUCUGUGUCUUGUUCAGAACCCGAUGUGGGAGAGCUUCGGGGACCUCCUUUGUCGUAACCCCAACCAUCGAUUUACUGAAGAUCUCCUCAAAUCUGGUCUUACGCAAAUAUUUCUUGCGCUUGACUACCUACACACUGAAUGCAAGCUUGUUCAUACAGACAUUAAAAGCGAUAAUAUUCUCCAGGAAAUAGAAGACAAGUCUAUUCUCGAAAGUUUUACCCAGGCUGAGCUGAAGAGCCCUUCACCCCGCAAAAUUGUCAAUGGUUUGCCGAUAUACGCCUCGCGACGUUUCGACUUACCGGAGGCAUUUGGCCGAGCAGUUUUAAGUGAUUUUGGCUCUGCUGUACGAGGAGAUGAGAGGAGGAAUCACGAUGCACAGCCAAAUGUUUAUAGAUCACCUGAAGUAAUGCUGAAGACGGAUUGGAGCUACCCGGUUGAUAUAUGGAAUGUUGGUGUCUUGGUAUGGGAUCUGUUUGAGGGGAGACACCUUUUCUAUGGAAAUGACACUGAUGGCAAAGGGUAUUCGACCCGGGCGCAUCCUUGCAGAAGUUAUGGGUUUUCUAGGGCCACCUCCUUUAGAUAUGCUCCAGCGUGGGAAACGAAGCCAUGAAUUCUUUACGAGUGACGGGAAAUGGAAGCAGGACAUAGAAAUCCCGGCAGAGGUCAGUUUGGAGCUAUCGGAAGGUUCCUUGAGGGAAAGAAUAAGGAGAUGUUUAUAGCUUUCAUAAGAGGGAUGCUUCAGUGGCGACCUGAAGAUAGGAAGACAGCGAAGGAACUACUUCAGGAUCCAUGGCUGAAUGGUUAAUUAGAGAAGCACCUAUGCAUGGGACGCUUUUGCACCACUAAGGACCUUCCCACCAGCUGGUAUGCCGGGUUGCUCAGCAAGGGCCCACUUCCUCAGCAGGUAUGCAGUUGGCCAAUAAAUUCAUUGUGUGCAAACGGGCCAAAGAGCAGUGGAGGGCUUGAAGUGGCUGAAACGCAUAAACACACUUUCAACUAGAAAGGAAACGAAGAAGCAUAAUUCAAUUGUACAAUGCAUCAUAAGAGACCCACA